UACUUAUUUUAAAUAAUCACAGUUUACAGAAGAAAAGCUCGGACAAGCAGAGAAGACAGAAUUGGAUGCUCACUUGGAAAACCUCCUUAGCAAAGCCGAAUGUACCAAAAUAUGGACAGAAAAAAUAAUGAAACAGACUGAAGUGCUGUUGCAGCCAAAUCCAAAUGCCAGGAUAGAAGAAUUUGUUUAUGAGAAACUGGACAGAAAAGCACCAAGUCGUAUAAACAACCCAGAACUUUUGGGACAAUAUAUGAUUGAUGCCGGGACUGAGUUUGGCCCAGGGACAGCUUAUGGCAAUGCCCUUAUUAAAUGUGGAGAAACACAGAAGCGAAUUGGAACAGCUGACAGAGAGCUGAUUCAAACAUCAGCCUUAAAUUUCCUCACUCCUUUAAGAAACUUCAUAGAAGGGGAUUACAAAACAAUCGCAAAAGAAAGGAAACUAUUACAGAAUAAGAGACUGGAUUUGGAUGCUGCAAAAACAAGACUUAAAAAGGCAAAGGCUGCAGAAACUAAAAGUUCACAACUAAACUCCGCCCGCCUUGAAGGAGAUAACAUUAUGGUAAAUUUCUCUUACAUGCUCAACUUCCUGCAUGUAAAAUGGCUGAAGAUUUGGGCAGAGGAAGUGACAAAAUCUGAACAGGAAUUACGAAUAACUCAAAGUGAAUUUGAUCGUCAAGCAGAGAUUACCCGCCUUCUGCUAGAGGGAAUCAGCAGUACACAUGCCCAUCAUCUCCGCUGUCUGAAUGACUUUGUAGAAGCCCAGAUGACUUACUAUGCACAGUGUUACCAGUACAUGUUAGACCUGCAGAAACAGCUGGGAAGUUUUCCAUCCAAUUAUCUUUCUAACAACAAUCAGACUUCUGGGACACCUGUGCCAUCUGCUUUAUCAAAUGUGAUUGGUCCUUCUGCUAUGGCUUCAACAGGUAGCCUAGUAAUCACCUCUCCUUCCAACCUCAAUGACCUUAAAGAAUCAAGUGGCAGCAGGAAGGCCAGGGUUCUCUAUGAUUAUGACGCUGCAAACAGUUCUGAACUGUCACUUCUGGCAGAUGAGGUAAUCACUGUGUUCAGUGUCGUUGGAAUGGAUUCAGACUGGCUAAUGGGGGAGAGAGGAAAUCAGAAAGAUGCCGAAGAGAGUGAGGCUCUCUACAAGGCCUUCUGUGCCUUCAGGAGAGGACGUGGUCAGCGCACAGGAAGGGUCCGUGGGAUCGCUCCAAGGGUUGAGGGGGCUCCUUUCACUAGAGAGUAAGCCUCCUCCAUGAAGCCUCUCCUGCUCCCCUCAAAGGAUUGAAGAAUGAACUUUUGCCAGAUCCCUACAUUGUCAUCACACUGUCUUGUCACAGCUGAGCACAGACAACAGAGACAGCUAAGAGCUGUGGAGGGAGACAGACAAAAUGGAGACCCGGGCAAGGAGAGCAGGCAUGGUCGGAAGGCUACCAAGUGAGUGUUCCCUGACGCAUCAAGAGACGCAAACAGCUGCAAGCAGGCACGGAAGAAAAUGCCUCCAACAUUUGUUUCAUUGGCACUGACCCACAGCUGGAAUUUCCCAGUCUGCCCUCUGUACUCACACCACUGACCACGAGAGCAGCAAGAAACACAUCGGCUAGAGACUGGCCUGGAUACUAGUUUAUCUGGCUUCUGUGCUACCAUUCAACAAGGCAUCCGAAAUAAAUCAGGCCCUGUGCAAAGACA